AAAGCAGGCCUUGCAAAGUUUGUUACGAUUGCAGUGUGCGUUUCACAAUUUGCUCAUUGUUUUAAAAGAUUCAAAGCGCAAACAAUGAAUAAAGUAGUGACGACCCUUCUACGAAGAGCGCCCCUCGGUCGGUGGUCACAUAAUGUUCGAGGAUUUCACCUUCUCAGUAGGCUAUGCAGCUACCGAAGUGAUCUAGCGCUGGACGCAAUCUAUCCGAACAGCAAUCUUCGUCUGUACACACCGCCAGCACCGCCGGCUAAACCAGAUGGCACUUUCAAUGGUUACAUCCCCUUAGACAAGAUCAACAUAAGCUACAGCCGCAGCAGCGGGCCAGGUGGACAAAACGUAAACACAUUGAGCACAAAGGUUGAUGUACGGUUUCACCUAGAAACGGCCGCCUGGCUCUCGGAGAACACUCGGAAACGUCUUGCAAAGUUGCAAAAAGGACGUAUCACGAAGGAUGGCUUUCUGGUGAUAAGAAGCGAGUUAACCCGCUCGCAGCAAGUCAAUACAGCCGAUGCACUGGAAAAGUUGCGUACCUUCAUUCGCCAAGCGGAGCAACCCAUUUCGACGGAGCCAUCGGUUGAAACGAUGGAAAUGCUGCGCCGGAGACACGAAAGGGCAACACGAGAGCGACUGGCGAUCAAACGGAAGCGAUCGGACACAAAAGCUCAGCGACAGACUCCACUUUUGUAGGAAGCCCAAUAAGAUGUAUGCUAGGAAAAUAGCUUUUUUAACGUAAACGAUGGUCAAUAAUAAAA